AUGCUCGACUAUAGUAGCGGCGGCGGCUUUGCCCCGCUAAGACGUGCGCUGGCCCAGCAUUUGCGCAUAUCGCGCGGUGUAGAGGUGCAAGCCGAGCGCAUACUUAUCACCAGCGGUACCCAACAAUCCCUGGCCCUGUGUGCCAGCGUAUUGGCUGACGCUGGCGACACCAUCUGGAUGGAAGACCCCGCCUACUGGGGAGCCACCAAAGUCAUGCAAGCGGCGCAACUGCACAUCCAAGCGGUAGCCACCGACGUGCUUGGGAUGAAUCCGCAUACAAAACAAAAGCUUAAACCACCACGCUUGAUUUACCUCACCCCUUCGCACCAAUACCCCACGGGUGCCGUCAUGGGUUUAGAACGCCGCCAAACCCUGCUAGACUGCGCCCAGCAACACCAAGCCUGGAUAUUGGAAGACGACUACGACAGCGAAUACCGCUUUAGCGGCGCGCCAUUAUCUAGCUUGCAAGGCAUGGAUACGCAGCAGCGGGUUAUUUACAUGGGCACGUUUUCCAAAACCCUCUACCCGGGCCUCAAAUUCGGCUACUUGGUCGCGCCACCAGCGCUGGCGCAAGCCCUGCAAAUGGCCCACCACGACUUAAACCGC